AUGAUCCGAUCACUAUUGUUGCUCGGUCUCUUGGGCGCAUCGCUGCCCGCCCAGGGCCACCCUACCCAGUCUUACAAAGCUGGACUCCGACGCCGAACGGUAGACCUCAACACAUACCGUCUCAAGGAGACAGCCCAAUAUAGCAACAAGGCUGCUACAAGCGCCAACAAGGCCGUGCGUCUUCUCAAGCGCGAUUCCUACGUCGACACUGCGACCGCGCUCGUCAAGAAGAUUGCUCCUAGCGCUGAGUUCCGCCUAGUCAAUGACCACUAUGUUGGCACCAACGGCAUUGCCCACGUCAACUUCAAGCAGACCGCGCACGGACUGGAUAUUGACAAUGCCGACUUUAACGUUAACAUUGGCGCUGACGGAAGCGUCUUCUCGUUCGGCAACUCCUUUUUCACUGGUGACAUUCCUCAAGAUAGCCCGUUGACGAAGCGAGACUUCUCCGACCCCAUACAGGCCCUGUCAGGCGCCACCAAGCUUCUCGAACUGCCAGUUAAGGGAGACGCCUCUGCUGAGGCCACUGAUGGCACCGAGACCUACGUGCUCAAGGGAACUUCCGGCGCCCAGAAGGACCCCGAAGCCCGCCUUGUGUACUUUGUCAAGCCCGACGGUAACCUAGCUCUCACAUGGAGAGUAGAGACUGACAUUCUUGACAACUGGCUGUUGUCUUACGUCGAUGCGAACACCAAUGAGGAAAUCCACGGCGUUGUCGACUACGUUGCCGAAGCCACAUACCUCGUCUACCCAUGGGGAACCAACGACCCUGACGAGGGUGACCGAGUGGUCGUAACCGACCCGUGGGACCUUGCGACAUCCGAGUUCACGUGGCUUUCGGAUGGAACGACCAACUACACCACGACUCGCGGAAACAACGGUAUUGCCCAGACCAACCCUGACGGUGGAUCAGACUACCUCGACAAUUAUCGCCCAGAUAGCGCCGAUCUCAAAUUCGAGUACAAGUGGGAUGCGACCUUGACACCGCCCUCGACCUACGCAGAUGCUUCGGUCGCCCAGCUCUUCUACACGGCGAAUACGUACCACGACCUGUUGUACGAUCUUGGCUUCACUGAGGAGGCCGGUAACUUCGAGACUAACAAUGAUGGAAAGGGAGGUGAGGGUAAUGACUUUGUCAUCCUAAACGCGCAAGAUGGUUCGGGCACCAACAAUGCCAACUUCGCAACUCCCCCAGACGGACAAAACGGCCGUAUGAGGAUGUACAUCUGGACAGAGUCAACCCCCUACAGGGACUGCGCCUUCGAGGCUGGUGUUAUCAUCCACGAAUACACCCAUGGCUUGUCCAACCGUCUUACCGGUGGCCCCGCAAACUCGAACUGCCUAAAUGCUCUUGAGUCAGGUGGUAUGGGUGAGGGUUGGGGUGACUUCUUCGCCACGACCAUCCGCCUAAAGGCCGGUGACACCCGUGAGACCGACUACAGCUUGGGCGCUUGGGUCUACAACGACCCCAAGGGUAUCCGAAACUACCUAUACUCGACCAACCUCACAACCAACCCGUACCAGUACAUAACGCUCAACACGUACAACGAGGUGCACGACAUUGGUGAGGUCUGGGCCACGAUCCUAUACGAGGUCCUAUGGAACCUCAUUGACAAGCAUGGCAAGAAUGACGACCCCAAGCCCAAGUUUGACGAGAACGGCGUCCCAACCGAUGGAAAAUACCUCACUCUGAAACUUGUGCUUGACGGCAUGGCUCUUCAACCUUGCAACCCCAACUUCAUACAAGCCCGUGAUGCCAUCAUUGAUGCUGACAAGGCACUAACUGGUGGUGACAACGUCUGCGAACUCUGGACUGCCUUUGCUAAGAGAGGUCUCGGUGACGGCGCCGCCUACUCGAGCAGCAACCGCACUGGAAGCAACGACCUCCCCGAGGGAGUAUGCUAA